UUAAUCAUAAUAACGAAAAUUCUAUUGGAGUCGUGUCCGGAGAAAACACGUAAAGGACAUCACCGCUGUGUACGAGGAAGCGUAUACUGAGCUGAACUACGUAUUCGUUGGUUGAACGACACAUAUAAAAAGAAAAAGGACGGCGCAUACCCGGACUCGUACUCGGUUUACUUUCUCAUCGUCUUAAUGUAGUCUCCUCCCAGGCAAUCAACAUUCUUAUUCAUGGUGAUGCAACUGCAACGCCGUCGCGGUUCCAUCCAUAGGCAGAACCAAGUGAUGUCCUGCGGUGCCAGCGCGAGCGCCACCACGCGCCUCCCGCGAGACGUGAUCGCCAGCAUCCUGAUCCGCCUCCCGGCGAGCGACCUCCGCCGCUCCCGCCGCGUCUGCAAGGAGUGGCGCGAUGCCAUCUCCGAUCCAUCGUUCAUCAAAGCGCACAUGGCGCACGGACCACGGGCCCCAACCCACACCGUCGUGUUCGCGGCCUCCUCCGAGCAGCGUGCCGGCCGCGCUUUCCUCUUGGACGAGCAGUGGCGACUCACGGCGAGGUUUAACGCCGGCGAAUCACAGGUCCUGAUAGGGACGUGCAACGGCCUGCUCUGCUUCCACGACGAAAUCCAGGGCGCCGUCAAGGUCGUAGAACCCUUCACCGGCGAGUCGAUCGCCGUUCCGGUGCCGAAAGAACCGGUGUGGAGCCGCUGCGCACUGCAGUACUGCUUCGGCUACGACGCCACCACUACGCAAUACAAGAUUGUCCACAAAGGCUACCAGCGUCAGCUGAAGGUGUUCACCGUCGGAGCAGACGAGGAGUGGAGGACCGUGAAGAUCGCCCAUGCCUCCUGGUACGAGUACGGCCCGGCGUGCAACGGCGGAGCCGUAUACUGGAGUUACGAGGACAAUGAUCACGGCGGGAUCCUUAAGCACGCGCGCUUCGACCUGGCGACGGAGGAGAUCACGUCGGUCGAGAGCCGGCGGGUGGACAGUCAGCCGAUCAUUUGCCAUCAUUCGUGGUGGCAGCGCGGUGAGCCGUGCAUCAUCCAGAUAAGGUGGUUGGUCGGUGACGGCGGUGAGUCCACGGGCGGCUAUUGGCCGCAUAACAUGAACCCAUGGCGUACGAGGUCGAUUUCGUCCACCUGACGGCCGGCCGGCGCCUCCCAGGGCCGCAGGCCCUGCAGCGGUGGCACCUGUUGAUGCAGGAGAAUAACGGGGCUCUGUACGCUCACCGGAUCAUGAGCAAAGGGGUUCACGGGCUUGAUCUUGGUUUGCUGAACGGGAUUGGCGUUCAGCGCAGCCGACGGUGGAGAACACAGCAGGAUAUAAGCACGUUCGCCUACGUCCCCACAGUAGCCCCAGCCCCCUUGGCGCUAUACGUAGGCGCACCUCUGGCCGGUGCACUUGGUGCUUUCCAUGU